UCAAAAGAUGGAAAAUUGGUGAAAAUCUUUUAUGACGAUGUGCUAACUGUUCAUGAUGCAUUCCUCAGAGGCAUGAGAGUUUCCAAUAAUGGGCCAUUUUUAGGCCACAGAUGUCGCUUUACCAAACAAUACGUUUGGCAAACUUACGAAGAGAUAUUUGAGUUGUGUCAAGAUUUUGGUUCAGCUCUGAUAUACAAAGGCCUGAAGCCUGAAGAUUCCACUGUCAUUGGCAUAUACAGUCACAACUGUGUUGAGUGGAACAUAACAUCAGAAACAUGCUCUAUGUUUAGUAUGGCUCUGGUUCCUCUGUAUGACACUUUGGGACCUGAAGCCUGCCAGUAUAUCAUUAACCAAACCGAGAUGACGACAGUAGUCUGCGAAGGAUGGCUAAAAGCGAACCUGAUCCUGAACGGUUUGAAGCAGGCCGAAUCACGGACUGCCACUCCCCUGAAAAGAUUAAUAAUAAUCACUAAUAAGGAUUUUCAUAUGAGCCUGAAGGACUCUGUCAGAGUUUCAAAACACUUUUCCAGUUCCCCUGAUUUGGCUAACUUUGCAGACGCUGAUUCUCUGUCGAAGAAUGUUCUGGAGACGGCCGAGAAGUUCGGCGUCGAGAUUCCUCCAACACCCAGUACAAUAAAUCUGAUUUCAUAUACAAGUGGAACUACAGGCGAUCCAAAAGGCGUUGUCUUAACGCAUGAAGCUGUAAUUUGCAAUAUAUCUGGUCUGCUUGCUUAUGAUCAACAUCAUAAACUGUUUCCGAAGUGCGGUGAUUUUCAUCUAUCCUAUCUUCCUGCUGCCCACGGGUUCGAAAGGAUGAAUCAGAUCAUCCUGAUGAUAAAUGGGGGCCAAAUUGGCUUCAGCAGUGGGGACAUCCUCCUACUAUUGGAUGACAUUGCAGCCCUCAGGCCAACCAUCUUCAUGUGCGUGCCCCGUGUCCUCAAUAGGGUGUACGAGAAGGUCAUGUCAAAUUUAGAGAACAAACCAAUCAAGAGGUGGCUGUUCAACUUUGGCAUGCAGAGGAAGUUGAACUUGUUAAAAAGGGGCAUCAUAACGAAGAAUACAAUUUGGGAUAAACUAAUGUUUCACAAAAUUCAAACUCUAUUUGGCGGGCGUCUAGAGGUCUGCAUAUCCGGCUCGGCUCCUCUUUCAGAUGUUGUCAUGGAUUUUUGCAGAGGCACUUUUGGCUGUUUCGUAUACGAGGGCUACGGCCAGACUGAGCUGUGUGCCGCUACAAUGCUAACGCUGCCUUAUGAACAUGACACAGUUGUUGUUGGUCCGCCACUGCCUAACUGUCACAUAAAGCUGAUAGACAUUCCAGAUCUCGACUAUAAGGCCAUCAAUAACAUGGGGGAGAUUUGUAUAAAAAGUUUCUGUAGAAUGCGUGAAUACUUCAAGGAACCAAUCAAAACGAGGGAAACACUUGAUGAAGAUAGCUACAUUCAUACAGGGGAUGUUGGAAUGUGGCUACCUAAUGGCAACUUGAGGAUAAUUGACAGACGAAAGCACGUUUUCAAGCUGGCUCAAGGUGAGUAUGUGGCUCCCGAGAAAAUUGAAAACAUUUACGCCAUGAGCCCUCUCAUAUGUCAGGUCUUUGUCGACGGUAAUAGCUUGCAGUUCUGCCCGCUAGCAGUAGUCGUGCCUGAUGAAGAUGCAUUGAAGAGAUUGGCUGAGAGGGACAGCAGAACUUCUAAGACCAUCUGCCCCAUUAAGAUCUGUAAUAUGGAGCAGUUCUGCAAGAAUGAGGAGAUCAGAAAAAUGAUUCAUGCGGACAUGUUGCAGAGGGGCAAGAAAGCUGGCCUGAAGGGAUUUGAACAGGUAAAAGAUAUCCAUCUUCACCCUGAAAAGUUUUCCAUUGAGAAUGGCCUACUGACUCCGACGAUGAAGACCAAGAGGCCCAUCUUGAGGAAGAAGUUUCAAAAUAUUUUUGUUGAGAUGUACGAAAAACUCAACAGGAACGUCGUCUCGACUAAUAUUACCACCCAUCCGUUGCAGAAUUUAUAACUGCUAUUAUCAUUAGUUUAUUAUUAUUAUUGUUGUUAUUUUUGUUACAAUUGUUUUCAUUUUUAUCACUGUUGUUGUUGUUGUUGUCCUUGUUGUAAGAAUGAAGAAAGGGU